ACGCAACCCGCCCCCAGUAUAUACCUACAUUUAGACAAGCCUACGGCCAUCCGAUCGAAACCGAACGUGACGUUGUUCAUCCGUCUUUCGAACUAUGGAGCCCAAUAAGUCGCACGCCUAUGUUCUGGAAAUUGGCCUGGACAGAGCCGCCGACUGGAUGGCGCACGCUGAAUGGACUCGCUCGCAGCGUAGCAGCCGCGUAGCAGUGGCAUAUGACUCCGCAAAACGUGUGGCUAUGCUCUCGUGGAAAAUAGGCUCGAUGAAACAUUCGCCAGCGAGCGCUUGCAGGGCGUCUGGAGUUGUGGGCGAGGCCAGCCCCCAGCGCGUCGUGAUUGGCCAGCAGCAAGACGUGCAGGGCGGCAGCGACGCUAGCGCCCUUUCUGGUCGCCCUGCGCGGAGAAAAAGAUGGACGCCCGAACUGCGAACCGGCAUCCCAAUUGCGAACCACCCACAUCCACACAGACAUGAUAAUACGCUCGCUGGCCCGGCGGCGGCCAAAUGCCACGCUCCAGUGCCUAGCUUCUGCUCCUGCGAGCGACGACGCCCAUUUCGACGUCUUUUGCGCGGAGAUUGCAUGACGCCCCGACGCUGCAGAACCAUGUGGAGCUGGAGAAGAACGGGGUUCCGGGGCUAUUCACGCCAGAGGCGUUCGAUAUUGCGUAUACGCAGUAUCAGCGGCACAUCCUCAAAGAGUUGAAUGCUUCGACGGCUGGCUCGCCCUGGCAGGACCGUGAGACACAAGCCCUCGUCAUCGAAUUCGCACGCGACCCCAUGAGAGCCUACCUCUUCAACCUCGCGUCCAUGGCCUUCAACAACCACUUCUUCUUCAAAGGCAUCAACAGCGACCCCAACGUCACCUCCUCCCCAUCUUCCGACCUCGUCGCCGAAAUCAAUAGACACUUCACCUCUCUCUCGACGCUGCGCGCAACCUUCCUCGCGACCGCAGAGGCAAUGUUCGGCCCGGGCUUUGUGUGGCUGGUGCAGCUGGAUGAUACCAACGCGCGCC